CAAGGUCCUGAUUUUUACAGCCAGAAGGGACCUGUGGCCACGGAGCAGGGAAGGAGAGAGGGUAGGGGAGCUGCUGGAGACAUGAAAGAAUUCGGGGCCGGCCGCGAGGAAGGGCAGGGGAGAGUCAAGGACACCGGGCCCGGGAGAAGCAGGGCUGGGUUCCCUCCGGUGCCCGCCACCACCCCUCGAAGCCUGGAGACCGGGGAGGGAGCAAGGCUCCGGCCCGACGUGAGGACUUCGCUUCUGGACACAGGUGUGAGGCUCGGGGACCAGUUCUACAAGGAAGCCAUUGAACACUGCCGGAGUUACAACUCCCGCCUGUGCGCAGAGCGCAGCGUGCGCCUGCCGUUCCUGGACUCACAGACCGGGGUGGCCCAGAACAACUGCUACAUCUGGAUGGAGAAGAGGCAUCGGGGCCCAGGCCUUGCCCCGGGCCAGCUGUACACAUAUCCUGCCCGCUGCUGGCGUAAGAAGAGACGAUUGCACCCACCUGAAGAUCCGAAACUGCGGCUGCUGGAAAUAAAACCUGAAGUGGAGCUGCCCCUGAAGAAGGAUGGGUUCACCUCAGAAAGCACCACCCUGGAAGCCUUGCUCCGCGGUGAGGGGGUGGAGAAGAAGGUGGAUGCCAGGGAGGAGGAGAACAUCCAGGAAAUACAGAGGGUUUUAGAAAAUGAUGAAAAUGUAGAAGAAGGAAAUGAAGAAGAGGAUUUAGAAGAGGAUAUUCCCAAGCGGAAGAAUCGGACCAGAGGACGGGCCCGUGGCUCCGCAGGUGGCAGGAGGAGGCACGACGCCGCCUCGCAGGAAGACCAUGACAAGCCUUACGUCUGUGACAUCUGCGGCAAGCGCUACAAGAACCGGCCGGGACUUAGCUACCACUACGCUCACACUCACCUGGCCAGUGAGGAGGGGGAUGAGGCCCAAGACCAGGAGACCCGGUCCCCACCCAACCACAGAAACGAGAACCACAGACCCCAGAAAGGACCAGAUGGGACAGUCAUUCCCAAUAACUACUGUGACUUCUGCUUGGGGGGCUCCAACAUGAACAAGAAGAGUGGGAGGCCGGAGGAGCUGGUAUCCUGUGCAGACUGUGGACGCUCUGGUCACCCCACCUGCCUGCAGUUCACCCUGAACAUGACCGAGGCUGUCAAGACCUACAAGUGGCAGUGCAUAGAAUGCAAGUCCUGCAUCCUCUGUGGGACCUCGGAGAAUGAUGACCAGCUACUCUUCUGCGAUGACUGUGACCGUGGUUACCACAUGUACUGUUUAAAUCCCCCCGUGGCUGAGCCCCCAGAAGGGAGCUGGAGCUGCCACUUAUGCUGGGAACUGCUCAAAGAAAAAGCCUCAGCCUUUGGCUGCCAGGCCUAGGGUCCCCAGACACACAUAGAAGGUGACUUGCCGCUGGAGAGGCUGAAGCAGAGCCCAGUUCAAACCCGAUCGAGCCCCUACUCCCGUAUAUCCAGACAGACCAACUGUAAGGAGGAACGUCAAUCAGUAACCACAGAGCACGUGGAUACAGGGCAUCAAGGGGUGAGGUGUCUGCUUACCUCCUACAUGCAGGUUUCCGUUCUUCAGCCAGCCCCCCACCCCUUGUUUCUGCCAGAAAGAUGGUAAACUUUUGAAGAAUGACCCCAGCCACAGCCCUGUGGACCCUCCCUCACAUUUAUCCUAGCACCGCGGCCCUCUCACUGGUUCCCCAUUUUAAGGUCCCGUUUUGUGACCACCCAUCCCAUCAUUCCUGUGUGGUUUGGUGUUUCGUAUUAUCUAUCGUGUUCCAAGAAACUUUCGCACAGCCUCCCUGCCCUCAGCUUCGUCUUUCCAUCCCGAACUCAGCAGAGGAACAAAGGGCUGCAGAGGAACAAAGGGCUGCAGAGAAGUUUUUAUUUAUUACAAGCCUCCCUGGAAACUUCUAGACUCGGGACCAGGAGGCCAUCUAGAUGGUGAAGCUCUGAAAUCUCUCCUGGUACCUCCGUCUCUUUGAAGAAGAACUUUUUGCUGCUUUCUGCACCCACCUCCAGCAGAUAUCCAGUGAUAUCACUGACAGCCGAGGGUGGGGGGUCUCUAGAAGGUGCUGGGGAAGGAGGGGGUGGCCAUGAGAGGUGGGCGCAAACGCUAUGAAGGUAAUUCCGAGGCCCCGUCAGAGCCAGUCAGUAUUUGCUGUCCAUCAGGAAUGGCUUUGCAAGGGACCAGACUGUCAGAGCUGGGGCAUCCUUUAGGAGAGACAGGCCACAGCGUGGGCGGAGCUCUGGAGAGGUCAAGACUCUGCUUUCCAUUCGGUCUGUGUCUGGAGCUUUCCCUGGUGGACCAAGAACCGGGAAGGUGAGUGAAGGCUGCCAGGUCAAGAAUCUGAAUAUUGGUCCCGAGGACUGCAGCUCCGAGUAUUGCAACCCUUCAGUAUUGACGGGACACCACGGAUCGCUUUUCCCGAGUAACUCCUUCCUUUCGCAUCAUGUACGUUUGCCAUUGUCUGCUGAGACCCGACUCUGGGAACUUCAGGAUGAGGGAGAAAUGAUUCCCUAAACAAAUAACUGGGAUGAUGUGAUUAUUUAUGACCACGGUGACCAUCACUCAGAACCUUCAGCUCGAGGUCUGCUCUUGUCUCCGAAGUCCCCAGUCCACACUGGAUUCUUCCUUUGAAAAAAAAAUGUGUUGAGGAGGAAGAGGUGGGGAGGCGCUCAGAUUCGAGCAGUCUGUGUUGGAAAUCAGCCCCGUGGGCUGGAGCGGGCCAGGCCACCUUUGAACCUCCGCAGCAGUGGCGACAGGAGCAACACACAAUAACUGACACAUUUCUGGAAAAAUCAUUUGCCCAAAGGGCAGGUCUCGGUGAACCGGACCCUCACGCGUGCUCAGCUUCCUUGAAAUCAGCUCCAUCUCUGUGGUCCGGCUGCUUACAACAAAGGCCCAGGUUAUUUUUAGACCUUCAGCUCCUGAAAAAAGCCCCCUGGAGGCCUGGAGGCUCCAACCACUUGGGCCACCUCUGCCAGGCUGCGGCCUUCUCGCCAGGACUUGGCAAGAGCCCUCCUUCCUGGCUAAUUGCUCUUGGCCAGUGGACCUGGGGCAGCCUGGCGGGGAGCCAAGCUGUGUGGGUCUCUCUGCAGGGUGCCCUGUGGCCAGAGGUGGAGGUCAGCCUCCUGCAGGGGCCUGUGGCCUCAGAGGGAGUUACACGGGGACAUAAUGAUCUCGUUUGAAGGGCCGACCAGAUGGGAUUUCCACCUUCCUCUGGAGGGAUUUCCUUCCCCCUGUUGGUUGGUGCACCCGUUUUGGAUUCUGGAGGCCCAGGGAGGGUUUGGGAAGCUGCCGCGUGGUCACACCAUCAUCCGUUUACCCGAGAGGGUCACAUCGGAGGGCCAGAUUUCCUCCCCCCCCGACGGCCCUGGCUCUCUGUUCUCCCACAAAACCCAAAGUGGGCAUCCUCAAAGUCUGAUUAUUGGAUUUGAAAAAUCACUUUGAUUUAAUUUUAGGAAAAAAGUCGUCAAGCUGUUUGCAAAAGCCACAAAUGGCUUAAAAGCUUAAAAAAGCAAAUCUGAAACCAAACAGUGACCCUGCAUGUGACAGACUCUCUUCAGAGAGUGUUCCCCACCUCAACACAGUUGAUGGGUCGGGGGGAGGGGACUGUGUUCUUUCUCCAGACACGCUGGCUGCCACAUAAGCUGUGAGGGUAUGAUUGAGUCUCGCAGACCAAGGAGGGUGCUGGAAUCUUCCAUGGGGUGAGGGUGGCCAGGACUCUAAACUGAACAUCAGGAAGGUCCAGAAUUUCCUUUUCCAUUUCACUCCCUGCAGGAUUGGCCCAAUCUCUCCUUUGGAGACCUCAGUUUCCCCAUCUGGAAAAUGGGGACAGCAAAGCCGGCUGGUGAGAUGGCACUUGCAGGAUACUGCAAGCAAAAAUCACGGUCACACUGAUCACUUUCCAUACUGAAAAAAAGGAAGGUGUUGGUCAACAACUGCUCUUUUUUUGAGCCCCAGAAAAUGAGCUGGAAUCAUGGGUGCACGUGGAUGCUCAGGGGUUUUGUUUUAUCCCUGCCACUGAGUAGCUGUUUGACCUUGGGCAAAGCACUUAAUGUCUCUGAACCUCAGUUUGCCCAUCUGUGAAAUGGAGAUAAUACGUGUCCUGCCAGUCCCACAGUGAUAUCAGGAGUCUUAAAAGGCAUAAUGUUAUAUGAGUCAUCACUGGAGAGCUGGGCUUGUCAGGUAGGGACCCCCGGAAUGAUUUUCACACCCACUUUCUCGUGUGAGUUAGCCAAGGUUAGAUGCCUUCUUGGAAUCGCCAUUUUGACCAAAGGGGGUUUAUGUUUUAAGGAACAGGCUGCCUAUGGUCAGGGUCACUAGGUCAAGCUGUGACAAGAAUAUCGUGACUGAGCAUGGAUCUGUGGUGGAAGGUGAGGUUGUACCCCGGGGCUGGGGAUUUCAGAAUGAAGAUACUCCUUCUAUAAGGUCAGCGCAGCCUAGAACGGGGCUCUGCCUUCUGGGGAGGGCUGUUGUUCAGUUCAGUGUAACAGUCGCUUAAAAACUGGUUUUUAAAGCUCAGUUCUGCUAGUUUCUGGCAGAAAUGACGGGGAGAUGACUUAACCUCUCUGAGCCUCAUGUUCCACAUCUGAGAAGGCAGGGAUCUGGCCUAUCCAGCAGGGUUCUUUCAGGGACUAGAGGCAGUGUUGCUGAAGAUCCUGGCACAGGGUGUGGGUUCCUUGGUUGGGGGGCGGAGGGGGACCCCCGCACCGUGGUAGCUCCUGUCACUGUGCACAGAGGCCACCGUGUGGAGGUAAGGAUGCUGCUGUCUCCCAGCUCAAAGCCUGGGCACAGCCAGGGUGCCCUGGUUCAGCUUCACCCCGAUGCUGUGGCUCCCGCCCGCCAGAGGGGAGGUGCAGCUGCAGGGUCCAAGCCGGAAGUUGAAACCCUCUGUUUCCUGUAGGUAUUUUCGAAAUGCUUCCUUUGGGGCCUGCGGCAAAUCCAGGGCAGGCACCAGAGUGAAGAAAUAGAGAGACAAGGCCCCUGGUGGGAUGUUCACCUUCUGACGUUCCUUCUCAACCCGGCACUGAGUCAGAGCCCCUGAGGCGGGAGCCAGCCAGUCCCAAGGCGCCCCUGCUCCUGUCACUGCCCCGGAGCCAGGUAGGAGGCCUGCGCAGGCCUCGGGCGUAGCUGCUUCCCUGGACUUGGCUCAGUCUGUCUGUAACCAGGAUAGCAAGCCCGUGGGAGGGAGGCCAGAUUCCUUCCGAGCUGGGGAGGAGAGCAGGUUUAAGGUUGGGGGAGGGUUUGGCUUUCACAGUGAUGGUUUCAUGAUACCCUGGAGAGUUUACGCUCAUGGUGCAUUUUAGUCUUUGUGCUUUGAACACAGCAUGAUUCCUUUAUGCCCUUCCCUUUAAAAGUUCAGAUAUUUUAAGAAAGAAAAACGAGAUGAUUAUUAUUACUCUUCCUAUAGGGGCAAAUUUAAGAGACAGAUCUAUGCUCUUGAAGAAAAAUUAUGGGCACCCUUAGGCUUCCAGACUCAGAGAAGAGGGGCCUCUGGUAUCUUCUUUGAGUCCUUGUGUAGGAGGUGAGGGGGGAGCCCUGAGGACCCCCUUCUCUGCCCCCUAGGAGGUUCUCAGUCUGAACGCAGGUGCUGGGACCACAGCCCCCCUUCCUCUCUCAGUCCCUGAAACCCAGGCUCUCCCCUGCCACCCACUGUGGGCCCCUGCUCAGGGCACGCCUGUGUCCCAUCCCUAGGGAGACAUGGCCUCCCGGGUCAGAGCUGAGCUCACACUCCUGGUGAAGGUGCCCUGCUUGCCUCCUUUUCCGAGCUGGACAUCUAUGUCACCUAGAGUAGGCUCACAUCCCUGGAGAGGGAGGGAGGAAGGAGUGGAAAGGGUCAAAGAUUUUCACUUUAGGCAAGGUAAAAUGAAGAGAAUUGGGGCUGGGGGAGGGCCCUUGAGGAGGGGGCCAGAAACCUGGGUUCCCCUUAGGAAGAAAUCCUGCACCUAAAUAACUAGAAGGCAUGGGCAGAAAGAGAUGCUAUAACUCAUUUUUUUUCUCCCUAAAGGCCUAAGAUCCUGGUAACAGGUUUUUUAGCUUGUUUGUUUCCCCAAAGGCCGAACCUUUGUCAGUUCUGGACACCAAGCCAGCUCUACCUUUUUUGAGACCCCCCUGGCCUCUGGCCCCCUGGGUUAGCGGAGGGGGUGCUUCAGAGACCAAAGCAGGCAGGAGUGAUGCCCUUCAUCCAGCUGGAGGUGGGAGGUACAGAGGGUCUCCUGGUUGAUCGUUGCAAAUUUCCCCAAUCCCACAGAAAAAGCAUCCUUUGAUGUUAGUGAGACGAGCUGCUGAGGUCCUCCUGGUCUGGAUGGAAGGUGGGGGCAGGGCAGAAAAAGCGGUGGUGGCCCAGGCCAGGCUGGGUCACCUCCUGCCGCCCUGGGAGUGGAGGACUGCCAGACGCUGCCUCCAGAGGGGCCAGGCCUGGGAGGCCCUCCCUGACCCGGUCCCCAAGCCCAGCCUGCCAGCAGCUGGGACCCCAAGAAACGGGGGACCUGGCCAGGUCCCCUACCGCCCAGCAAGCUGAAUGGUGUUCCUCUUCCUCCUGUUGUCUGCUUCCCCUUUUGAGGAUCUUACUCCCACCCCCAAAAGGAUGCUUUUGGUUUCCCAGUUAGCCCAGUUCCCCCUAGACACCAGGUAAGUCCGGAAGAGGGUGGAAGCACAGAUGCUUUUGUUUGCCUCAGGCCUUCGGGUCUUCCCACCCAGCUCCAUGGCCCUGCAGGUUUCCCUGGGUCUAACUGGUCAGUGACCAGAGGCGGGCCUCUGCAGUUAUCAGGGGGGUUACGACAUCCCCCUUCCCCCACUCCGCCAGUUCCUGAUCAUUGCCAGGGCAUGGGUAUCUGGUCUCAAUUCUCCAUGGCCACCAGCCCCGGGUGGAGAAAGAGCAGAGCAGGUGGGUUAGUUCAGGGUCUUCCAGAGGGCUCGAGGGGGCUUUGACCAUGGGGAGCUGGGCCCAGGAAACUGUCAGGGGGAGGGUCGUGGUUUCCCAGAAGGAACAGAGGCCCCCUGUGUGAGGGGAAAGCUUUGGAAGGGGGCAGGUUCCCAGAGGAGGCACUCUCCGGGCUCUCAGGGGGCCCUGCCCGUGUCCCCUCAGAUGGCUGAGACCUGAGGUAGCUCCCCAGGGUCCUGGGUGGGAAGCUUUGGGAGGGGGGGUGCAUAGAACGGGGGUCAGGGGGCCCAGGAACACCCUUGGUCACGGUCUCUGUUCCCAACUCCCUCCCUCUCUUCGCUCCAGUGCUUUGAAAGAGAGUCAUUGCAGGCCUUCCCCCUCUUUGGCCCCACCAAGAGAAGGAAGUAUUUGUGCUGAUGGUGACAUUUCCCAGGCAGGCCAGAGGAAGGCGGGGACCGGGACUGGCGGGCAGCCAGAACCCUCUUCGACAGAGAUAUAAUGACUAAUCAUGACCUCUAGCCCAGGCAGCGAGCAAAGCAGCCAUUCAGGAUGGCACCAACCCAGAAUGGCGAAAAAAAAAAAAAAAAACGCUGCUGUGGUGGGGAAGAGAGAGGGUAAGCAGUCACUGUAGGAAAUGGGGGGCAGGGUGUGAGCCCCCAAGACCUCUGUUCUCCCUCAACAACAACACCCCUCAAGUCUCCAGGUUGUAUUCAUAUAGACUGCAUCCUGUUUGCUUGCCUCUGUGCAUCUCUAUAAUUCCUAUCAAUGUUAUUAGCAUGGAUGAUGAGAACACAGAUCCGUACACACAGACACACACAUACCUGUGGCUUAGGGAACCAAAGCAAACCGUUGUGUUGCUCCAGGAUGAGAAGGAGAACCUGCUGGUAACCAGAAGCCACCAGACAAGAUGCUUUCUUUCCCUGAGGUUCCUGCCCGGCCAGCUCCCCCAGCUUCCAGCCCCUGCACAACCAUAGGGAGUUGGAAAGGAAUCCUUGUGCUUGGAAAGUCAUUGGCGGUGAGGACUCUCUCAUCCCUCUCCUCUGCUUCCUUGGGGGAGAUGUUUGGCAACAGUUGGGGACCUGAAAAAAAGUCUUGGUUCUGCUUUCUGUUGAAGGGAUGCAAAGAUUUUCUGGGUAGCACUGGGGUUGUGGUUUUGUUGACUUUGCCCUUUUAUGAUCAUUCCCCACCGAGACAUGGGUUCUCCUCUUCCUUACCCAGCCUUCCCCCUUCCUGCACCUUCCCUCCCUUUCCUCCUCCCAGGCUGGAUGCUACAGGAUGGGGUGGUGGUGGAAAGAAACAGUAGCACAAAAGAAAAGGAAAACACUUUCUCCCUGCACAUUUUCACCAUGUAGUUGAAGGCCUAAAUUAGGUACUAGGAAAAAAAAAAAAGGAAAACACAAAUAUGUGAGUGAGAGCAUGAAAACAUAGAACAGUUAUCCCUGAGCAGAGGCGGUGGGGGCAGGUGGCUGGAGAGAGGCGGGGUAGGGAGGCAGGGUCCUGGCUCAUCGAUGCAUCUGGCCCAUGUGGCAUUUGGGAAGGCAGAGAGUCACGCUUUGGCAAGAGAUGCUCAGAUGCCUAGGGGGCAUUCGUGCCCUGAACCAGGGAAGGGAAUGUGUCCAUCCUUGUGCCCACCACUCAUCUGUUCCAUUUGCCCACUCUGGGCAUCUUUCCUCCAGAGGGGCAUGAACACAUUUCCUGCCUGCCAUGAAGGACUGCUGGGCAGGCUGGUACUGGCCAAAACACUUGGUGGGGUAUGGACUAUAGACCGGGCAGUGUGCUAGAUACCACAGGGUCUGGAGGAAUAAAGUACAUCCCGGCCCAACCUUUCAGUUGCUUUUCAGCCUUAAAAUUCCACUCCUCCAAGACACCCUGAUCACAUGUCAGAUGGCGUGCCAUCAGGGAAGGUAUGCGUGUGUUUGGUCUCUCUGUUUAGGAUGCAUGUUGGUCAGUAGAAGAUGAGCAGGCCUAGGCAUCCCAAUAUUCUCACUCUCUGGGGCUGGGGGAGAGGAGCGCAGCAGACCUCAGCUCAGUGGCUUUUAAGUCUCCCAAGCACUGGCUGCCCUGGGAAGAUGAGCAUCCUUAACAGGAACGAGAGCGAGAUGAUGAAGGCACCUGGGCUAGAGUGUGUCGCCAGCCAGAGGGACUCAGAGCCUGGGCCUCCAGAAGCUGCCUUUGGGCCGCUGGGUGAUGGGCAGGCAGGUGCAACUGGCAGGGCCUGAUCAGAGGUCGAAAGGGACCCUCACAAUGGCCUUGUCCAGUCCCCACUGGAGGAAGCAGAGAUGAAGAGUGGUGGGACGCAGGCCUCAUGCAUGGGUAGGGUGGACUCCCACGGAGACCCCAGCCAGGCUGUCCCAGCUGCUCAGUGUUUCUGGCUUGGAGGUGGUGGGGAGGGCAUGUCAAAGGUAUUUUCAGUAAACCUUUCCUGUCCUCCUUUGGCCAGGUGCUUGUCAGAUCUGAGCUUCAUGCUCCACUAGACUCCCACUGUCUGACAGCAUCAGAAAUUGGCUAUUUGCUCCAGCUCGCCCUUCCUCUACAAAUGUCACAGCCACAUUCCAGGUUCUAGCUAUUCCCUGAAGAAGCCACCCCAAACUGGCUUUCAGGCUGAGCACCUGGGCUAAGGGGAAGGCUCGUAUCUGCCCCUGGUUUGGUGUCAGCUCAGAGUUGGCUUAAAGCAGCCUUCACUUCCUCUGCUGGGCAGGUUCUGGGAAAUGUUCUUCCCUGGACAGCACUGGCUCCCAGAAGGCAGUUUUAGUGAUCUCUGUGGAGAGUCAGGGACAUGAGGCUUUCAUGAUGCUUGGCUGGGGGUCUGGUUUUAAAGUGCUUGAGAACCCGAAGUGCAUUCUGGGUUUGACCUACCCAUCUGCUUGAAAGCCUUUGGGCAAGGCUCUUCCGACUGACCCAGUUUCAGCAAUCUCUUGUGCCGGCAGGAGGAGAGAGAGGAAGGCCAUCUGACUUGGAUCCCAUCUAGGCCAGACUGGCAGCAAGUCCCCCAGGCAGCCGGGUGGCCUCGGACCCUGAGCCUACAACCCACCCUCUCCCCCACCCUUGGCUCCAUGAAGGGUGGACGCUGCUGGCCCAGUGGGCUGAGCCCCGAGAUGGUCUUCCCUCCUCUUCUACUCAAGUCUACUCUCAGGCUGAGAAUACAGUCUGCUCAGACCCCUUCCCAGCCUGAGGGUGACCCACUGGACCAAUUAGGAAGUGGAGAUCUGGGGGAGGGACCAUCCCAUCCACAUCACACAGUCCACUGGAUCAAGAGUCACAACAAGUCCUCAACUGGGUCUGCGUCUCCCUUUCCAAAUGUGUUUAGACCGAGGGCAGUUUUAAAGCCCAGUUUUGGUGACAUUCCCCUUUGAGAGCCCAGAAACGGAAUAUCUCUGCCAGGAAACCAAAAUAAAUUGAUUUUCUUCUCCUUGCUGCCUGAAGUCCCACUUGUUUCUCCUCAGAGAGAAGCUGACUGUGGCAGCUUUGAUGUCUUCCUGGGGUUCCUCUGGGUGAGCUGUGGCCCCAGGGGUAGGAAGGCUGGCAGGGGUCCCACAGGAGGGGACGCUGGCCCCAGCAUCAUGGGAGGAGGCUCAGGCCUGCGCAGACUCCGGUUGAGGAGAGAGCGUGAGGAGCCUGGGAAGGGGUUCCUUGAGCUUUCACACUGCCUGACCCAGCUGGUGAAGAGACCCUGGUGCCUCGCAGCUUCGGGAAUUUACCAUCCUCAGAUUGCUUUGGGCUGUGGUUGGAAAGGUGGCCCCUGGAGAUGUUCCAGUGAUCUCCAAUUGUCGAGGGUCCAUUUGUACCUCUAGACCCACAGAUAAGAAGCAAACUGGGUGUCACUUCUUCAGGUGUGGGCACAAGAGAGGAGGCCAUUUUCACAGUGUAUGCCCAUAAUGCCAAAAUGCCUUCUAGUCUCUUCUACCUGCAUCUCUUACAUCUCCUGAGUUGGUAGGUGAGUUCUUUACCACUUCAGCCAUCUGGGAAGCCCUUCUGUUCUACUCGCCCUGCCUCAACUCUUUGCAAAACUCUUAGUCAUAAAUGAAUGGCCAAGAGAGUUGACCUCCAGCAACAGAAAUGCCUGCUAAUGAAGGUCUUCCUUUAAUGCUCCCUUCAACUCCCUCCUCAGUGGACCUUGGGAUCCAACACCCAUUACCUCCUGCUGACGGGAGAGCUUAGAGUUGUCCAGCCCUGAGCCACUCGAGUACCUCAGAUAAUGUCCAGGAUUGAGGUAGACACAGCUUCCAAGAGGUCAGGAGAAGGGCUCCAGACUUAGGAAGUUGCAAUGGCCUGAGCAGAUCUCCACUGGCUCCUCUAAAAAGCCAUCACAGCAACAGACAGACAAAAGCCCCCGUUCUCCCACCCCACAGCCUCUUUCAGGUGUGAUGUGACUGUCGUCUCAGCCGUAGGUGUGUGCGCGCCGCUCUGCUCCUGUCUGCCGGGGGUGCUCCUUUCUCCUGUGUGCUAAGUUCCCACUCUCGUGGCUCCUGCUGUGAAAAGUGCUGUGACGUUUCUGCCCUGUCUGAGGGAUAUUUCGAGGUCUCUCAGUGUUUCAGUAUUGGAGAUGAGGCCGUGCCACGUCUCCCAGUGUCCUAAGAGGACACGCGGGUUCUGUGACUUCCCAGAGAGCGGGUGUACUGUGAGCGUCCGGGAGGAUCUCCAGGUGGGAAGCACCCCACACCUGGAAUUGGAUCCACUGGCAAGGACUUGUCCAGAAGCCGGGUCCGCUGCUUCCUUCAGAAGAGGGCUGAUGGGAGGGCUGUCUGUGAGCCAGGACGCCGCCCUCUCCCCUUGCCUUCCUCCUGUCCUGACCUGGCUUCUGGGAGGGGUGCCAAGAAGAGGUCAAGUCCUAUAGCCAAUGUGAAGUGGGCAUCGAGCAGCCUUUAUCUUGGGGACCCCUGGACAUCCCAGCCCCUCCAUGGAGCCCUUGCACCUCCACAAAGACUGAGUCACAGGCCUUGUCCCUUAUUGCUGUGGUUGUAUCUCGUUCUGUGGUUGAUUAGCAGUGUUGACGAUCUAUGUAGUGAAUCAUUUUGUCUGCAAUUUAGAGAAUGUGUAAACAAAUAAAAGGUUUUAAAACUCUU